GCUCAAUCGUAGCAGACACGUGGCACCGGCUCCGCCAAUAAUGGCCGGAAGAAGCUUCAGCCAUGGACUACAAAAACGAAGGCCACAGCGGCAUCAACCAGCUGGGUGGCGUCUUCGUCGGCGGAAGACCUCUGCCGGAUUCAACGCGACAGCGGAUCGUCGAGCUGGCCCAUGCCGGUGCCCGACCGUGUGAUAUUUCCCGAAUUCUGCAGGUAUCGAAUGGAUGCGUCAGUAAGAUACUGGGAAGUUCUGUGGAUAUCUGUAGGUACUAUGAAACCGGAAGUAUCCGACCGCGAGCGAUUGGGGGCUCGAAGCCACGCGUUGCGACCCCGGAGGUGGUGAAUAGGAUUUCCAUGUUCAAACAAAACUGUCCGAAUAUUUUCGCCUGGGAGAUCCGAGAUAAGCUGCUGAACGAGCGUAUUUGCACUCCGGAGAACAUUCCAAGCGUUUCAUCUAUCAACCGUGUGCUGAGGAACCUGGCUGCCCAGAAGGAGUUUAGCAAGAAGCCUCACGCACAGGAAUCCUCAUCCGAUGAUUCGAGUUAUUUGUCCACGAAGCCGUUGAACGACGGUUCGCCCUUUGUUCACUACAAAUAUGGAGAUAAUACUGACAUGAAAGCACAAGCCGAAGAGAACAAGAGCACCUUCACUAAGCACUGUUUUACGAAUUUGGAUUCACCGGCUGGUGGUGGUGUUGGAGGUGGCGGUGGUGGUGGCGGCGUUGGAAGUGGGGGAGGAUUGGGCUUGGGGAGCAAACCACCUUCGACAACGCAACCACCGACUUCUGUUAGCUUCGAUUCGGACUCGGAACGGCUCAGUCUAAAACGCAAACUGCAACGCAAUAGGACCUCGUUUACCGUCGAUCAGAUCGAGUACCUGGAGAAGGAAUUCGAACGGACUCACUAUCCGGACGUGUUCUCCCGGGAACGGUUGUCUUCCAAAACCAAUCUACCUGAGGCGCGCAUUCAAGUUUGGUUCUCGAAUCGUCGAGCUAAGUGGCGCCGUGAGGAGAAGCAACGCUCGCAAGCAGCGUCCGAAGGGUCUUCCGUAGCCGUCUCCGUAUCAGCAGCUUCCGCCCAAGCAUCGUCUGCCGUUUCGUCCUGCAUGAAUCUAACUUCUCCAUUGGUUUCGCAUGUUUACGAUUCAAAUAUGUGCGUCGAAGAUUCCAACAGUAACUAUCUCAGCAAGAACUACCCGCUGGAACCGACGGCCUUCCAGAACCUUGAUCCCCUGAAGUCACCUCAGUCUCAUCAACCGCAAACGCAUUCGCCCAUGUCCUUUAAACUGUUCCCCAGUAGUUCGGGUGGCGGUCCGGUAGCUCCUGGGACUUCUGGUGGAGGAGGAGGUGGUGGUGGCGUUGGUGGCGGGCCUUCACACAACCCUUCUGGAUCUCUGCACGAGUCAAGCUUGAUGGACGCGGUAGCUCUCUCCAACAACGGCGGUUUCUCUCACGUACCUACCUCGGACGACAAGUCCCUGUACAACCACUUUGCCUACUCGGCGUCGUCGGCAGCAGUCGCGGCCGCUGCCAACAUGCACCAUUCGGCUGCGUACUCGGUGGCUGCGGCUGCGGCAGCCGAUCAUCACCAUCAUCAUCAUCAUCAUCAGUCCUACAAUGGGAUGUACCUGAAGAAUCAGCUCUACAAUUUGCCAUCGAAUGGCGUCCUCAGCUUCCAGUCGACGCUCGAUUGGAACAAGAGUUAAUGGUAGGUUCCACGAGGUCACGACACAGCCGAAGACCUCCCCUAUUCGUACGAUGACAACUGAUGAUGCACACAUUGACAAUGAUGACGAUUGAUCGACAACAACAUGCCAUAACAGUAUUUGUGGUGCGAACUUUUGAGGAUCCCUCUAUCGAAUCAUAUUCCAGAAAAUAUGAUAACUAAAUGUUGAAAAAAAAAGCCAUUUCCAUUAUUAUAACUAAAUGAAACACAAACGUGAUCAGAUUUUUUCUUUUGCUAAAAGUGAUGGUUGUCCGUAGUUAUUAUACCUUACAAUAAACACAUACACACACACAUAUAUAUUGACAUGUGGUAAAAAAAAAGUAUUAUUUUUGCGUCUAAUAAAUUAGUACGUUUUUAGAAUAUCAUGCUGUGAAACAACAUACAAACAUUACCCGAGAGUAAGAUGGUAAGGACAGGAGAAGUGUUAGGAAAAUUUGAAUAUUUUAAUUAUAUGAAAUCUCAUGCGGAGAGGUGAAGCGCAUAAAUGAAAAUUGAAUCUCUUACUAGAACAAUAUACCGAUAUAUAUCACAAUGAGGUGAACAUGAAACUGAAAUGUACAAUAAAUGAAGCACAUUAUUAUUGAAGGAAAGUGAAAUCAAUUUUAAAAUUAAA